UUAUGCAAAUUUAAUGUCUGAACAACAAAAACAAACAUUGGAAGGUUCAACAAAAACAACAAAAAACACAAAUAAUUCUCGUUAUAUGCACAGUAUUUUCCAAGAGUGUGAUCAAUUAAAGAAAGAAUACGACAAUUGUUUUAACGCUUUCUUCCAAAAAUUUAUAAGUCCGGAAUAUCGACAUUCUAGUGGUUUGAAUAAUCCUUGUGAACAAGUACAUUUUGUUUAUAGAGAGUGUGUUGAAAAGGUUUGGCUUUUUUUGGGGAGGGGGUGGAGGGAAGUUUUGAGGGAUUUUUAAGGGGGGAAUUUGGAGGAGAGGGGAAAAUUAAGAGGGGAAUUUGGGAGGCGUUCUUUAGAUAUCGAAAUCGAGUUGGGGUUAGUCAAGGUCUGAGGUUUCAUAGAUUCAAAGCCCAAUAUCUUGUUC